GAGGAGCUGGAGGUCAGAGUUGAAUGUUUGACAGAGAGCUGAAUAUGGAUUCCAUAUUUCAUGAGAAACAAGAGGGCUCCCUCUGCGCCCAGCACUGUCUCAACAACCUGCUGCAGGGUGAGUAUUUCACUCCCGUGGACCUGUCCUCCAUUGCUCAUCAGCUUGAUGAAGAGGAGAGGAUGAGGAUGGCCGAGGGAGGCAUGGGCAGUGAGGAGUACAGGACCUUUUUACAGCAACCGUCUGGGAACAUGGAUGACAGCGGGUUUUUUUCAAUACAAGUUAUUAGCAAUGCUCUGGGAGUGUGGGGCUUGGAGCUUAUCCUCUUCAACAGCCGCGAGUACCAGAGUCUGAUGAUAAAUCCCAUAAAUGAGAAAGCCUUCAUUUGCAAUUACAAGGAACACUGGUUUACUAUACGCAAACUUGGACAGCAGUGGUUUAACCUGAAUUCACUUUUGACUGGACCGGAGUUGAUAUCAGACACCUAUUUAGCCCUUUUCCUUGCCCAGUUACAGCAGGAAGGUUAUUCCAUAUUUGUGAUCCGAGGAAACCUCCCGGAGUGUGAAGCGGAACAGAUUCUUGGGAUCAUGAGAGUGCAGCAGCAGCAGCGACCCAGGCUUAUUGGAGAGGAUGAGGCCCAGACAAGUGCAGGCAGGUCGGCAGCUAUGAACCAGGCAGAGAUGAGCUUUGGUGUGGAGAAUGAAGUUGUGGAUGAUGAUGAAGAGCUGAAGAAAGCUCUGGCACUGAGCAGACAGGACAUAGAUGUAGAAGAUGAAGAGGCUGAUCUUCGCAGGGCCAUACAGCUUAGUAUGCAAGGUGCAGUGAUGAGCAACAAGUCUUCAGAGUCUGAAGUGGGAAAUGUGAAGUCAGGGAGCCAGGCAGCAGGGAGUUCUGCAGGAGGACAAAAAGAAGGCCAGAAUGAGACGCUUACAGCCGAGGAGCUGAGGAAGAGGAGACAAGCUUACUUUGAUCGGCAGCAGCAGCAGGCUCAGCCGAACAUUCCUCAACAACCAAACACAAGAUCAACAACUGACUCAGAGAAUACUGGCUCUGAGGUGGACAAACAACAAAAGCCCAGCCAAUGAAGUUAUGAUUGGUUUGCUUACAUUGUUUACCAGCUGCCUGGAAUGGCAACCCUGUAAAAGGGGUAGCUUUGCUCCUUCCUCUAACCUUUUGCACAUGCGAACAUAAGGACAGUCAGUAGACUGACACAUUUCCCCUGGUUAGUUCGCUGACAGGCUAUAGAGAAGAGAAUGACAACAAAGAAAAGGCAGCAGUUAGUCUAAUCUAACUCAGUGAGGCACUGAGGCUGGGACGAGGUGACCACAGAACUCAUGAUGCAGUUAAUCCAAGUUUGCAAUUUGCCUUUUUACCAUGGCGCCUUCUAUUUCUAUUGUAUACUGUUUUUUAUUCUCGUUUUUUCUCUGGAAGAGAUGGAAAGGAAUCCUCAGCAUAUAAUGGGUGUGCUUACUUGUUUGGAGGUGAAUACAUACAGAGAUUGAUGUUCUGUGGAGGCCAUAGGAGACCAGUUCUUAGAUCACAGAUAAAAGUUCACAAGAUGCCCGAGCCUCCUAGCUUUGUAUUUGACUUGGGUUUGUAGGACAUAAGAUGUGAUCCCAAACCCCACCCCCAUCAGACCUCCAGUGUAGUUUUAAAGUUUUUCCUUGUUGCAAUCUACUGAAAUAUCUUUUAGCCAGCACUAACACAUGGGUAAUUUAAUCAUGACAUCGUCAAUCAUUUUACUUGUGAACUCCUAAGGUAUUUAGACAGCAACAUAUUUUCGAUGUUGUGGCUUUGUUAUUACCUUUAAGUAUAUGAGUAGACAUAAUGACAUUUAAGAUUUCACAUCCUACAAACACAUGUCCAUUUUGGAUGGACCUUGAACAAAAUAAUUCUAUAGAGCUAUUUGCUGCAUCUAAGAGGUUUUAGAAUAACGCAUAAUUUUUCAUAUCUUGUCCAAAAUAAGUGGGGAACACAUGGGGAACAACGUUUGCAGUCUGUAAACUUAAUGAAACUGCAGCUGAUAAAUGAAUACACUUCAAACCAAAAAGAGUCUGACAAAUAGCUUCAUACAUCAUUUCAAUUCAUCAGUAUUUGUCAUAACAUUUUAGGGACUUUAUGAUAAAGAAAUGACUGUUAAAGUUAUGAUUUCGGUUUUGACACCGCCGCUUUACAAAGUACAAUCAAUUGUUUCCUCAAUUUUUUUGCAGCCACUGAAAUACUCAUGAAAUUGCACUGAUUUGAAUUAUCACGUAUUCCAGUAAUACAAAGCAAUUUUGUGCACAUUAGUUGUGCAAAGAUACAUUUGUUUGCACUGAGGUUGCUGUGGGUAAAAACUUUGGCUGAUUGAUCACAGAAAAAUAGCGAGAAUUAAAGGGUGACUGUUAUUUAACCUAGUAAUUUGAAAUCCAAAGAGAGAAAUUGGACAACAAAAACGUCACUGUGCAUACAAGUACAUUGUAUUUUUUUUUCCGCAUUUGAUCCUUGAAUCCCACAGCUGGUUUAAAAUAUCUCUCAUUUUUCUUCCACAAACUUCAUUGUGCAAGCUGCAAUUUGUUUAAAACAGAGAGUGUUAAUGAAGAGACCACGUUACAGCAUUAAAACAUUUAAGUUUGUUUACAGUGUUUUCAUGGAACCAAUUAUUAGUUCAUAAACCGUUUAGCGUAGAUAUAUCUUUAAAACAAUUCCUCCACAAUCGUAUUGGACGUUAUGUAAAGUUUGACUUCUUGUGCUGGUUGAUUCCAGGAAGAUCCUACAAUUUCAUUAUUGUUUUCAUUUCCUUUGGAUCUGUUAGGCUUUUUUUUCUAUUUAAAAUGCAAUUAUGAAAGAAUAUAAAAUGUUGGUAGUUGGGUUUUCGUGAUUGCAUUAUUUUCACUCACUACAUUCUUACAAUAAGUACUAAUUCAUCUUUUUUUUUGUUAUAUUUCACGUUUCCACAGCACAUUCUUUCUUUUAAUGUAUUAGGUAAUGUUCCGGGAUUAAAGCAACAUUCACUCCUCCAAA